CGUCACCUGACUUCCGGUCGGGGAAAGGAAAAAGUUGUGACUCCCCCACCCUCUCGAGCGCAGACGGAGAACUUGUUUCGAGGUCCACGGAGCGAGCAAACGGAAUACAAUAACACGCUCUAGAUGGGAUUAUCGCCGUUUUCAACACGGGCAAACUCCCUUCGUGGCUUCGAGCAGCGAAACGCACCGGACCAGCCCCUCGACACCGCUCAGGAAAAAGCACCGCGAGGGUAAAAAGAGGAUGAGGUGAAGUGCUUUGGAAAGAUAAGGGCCGGCAUGUUGUUCGGGAAGCCGUCACUGACCACUGCUGUCGUGUUUUCUGCGGGGUUUUCCCCCAAAGUUUUGAACACUUUAUUUUUUUCGGGCGAGGGGAGUGGAAAUGCGCAGUGGUCACCCCUGAAAGUUGUCGUUUAAAAAAAAAAAAAAAAAAAAAAAAAAAAAAAAAAAAAACUGGCUCGACUGAAUGCUCCCUUUUCCUGCUAUUCUUCUCUCCACUCCUCUGCGCUUCCUGCUUGUGCUGGACCACUCCGCUUAAUGGCUAAAAAUACUUAAAAAAAAAAAAAAAAAAAAAACAGACCUCAGAGUCCAGUCAGAAAGCAUUGAUGCACCGUUGUCAGCUAUUUGACCUCCCCGGACCCCUCCUCCUCCUCAUUUCAGCCUUCAAAUAGCGGUUUGCAACUCUUAUUUCAUUUGCAAAAAAACAAAGAAAUACUUCAAAACAGACCUCAAGAGUCCAGUUCGGAAGCGUUGAUGAACCUUUGUGAGGUUUCUGGUCUUCUCCAAUAGAUGGAAAUGUUUAUAAACAGUCCAGCCAGGAAGCGUUGAUGAACUAUUGUCAGCGAUAUGACUUUUUACUCAAUAUUUAGCAGUUUUCAACUCUAUUUAAUGGCUUAAAAAAACAAACAAAAAAAAAAUACUUGAAGAGGGACCUGAGUCCAUUUGGGAGGUCUUGAAGAACCUUUUUUUGUCAUUUUAGCCUUCACUCGCAGUCUUCAACUCGGAACUUAAUAGGAAUCCAAUCAGGAAGCCUCGAUGAACCGUUGUCAUCUUAAUUUUUUUGUUUUGCAUCGUUUUAGUCUUAAAUAGCAGUGUUCACCUCUACUUCAUGGAUACAAAUACUUAAAAAGAGGCCUCCCAAGUCGGGCAACCUGAAAGAACAGGUGCCAAGCGAAGGAGCUCAUGUGAGAAAUCGAGGCUGGCGAUUACAUGCGCUUAUAUAUUAUAUUGUGCUCCAACCCUGCGUCGGGUCGCCGCACCGCGCCUGACUUGAAACCACACGACACCGAAUUUGCGAGCGACUCCCAAUUCCCAGCGUCCGAACCUGGCCCCGAUGACGCCGCGCGGGCUCGUUUCCCACCCGGUGCAGAUAUUGUUUGUAUUUCUCGAGUCCAUCCUCUCUUUUGAACAUUUCACUCAUCCCUGAUGAACCAACAAGACAGCCGAGAAAGAGACCGAGGCGCGAUAAAGUACUCCUUUGUACUUUAUUUUCAAACCCUCGGGGUGCAGAGUCCGAUCCGGUCAAAACAAGCGUCGGAGGCUCCAUGGAGCCGCUGAAGAACAUAUUCAGCCGAGGCCCGCUGUCCAACUGGAAGAACUUGGAUCAAUCGCAAAAAGGCAACUUCACCAACCCCGUGUGGACGGCCUUGUUCGACUAUGAGGCGUCCUGCAAAGACGAGCUCACCCUCCGGAAGGGCGACCUGGUGGAGGUCCUCUCCCUGGACUCUGAGAUAUCCGGCGAUGAAGGUUGGUGGGCGGGGAAGGUCAACAACAAGGUGGGCAUCUUCCCCUCCAACUAUGGCUCCUUCAAGCCCAGCGGUUACGGGAAGCUCCCGGGCAGCGGCGUGGUCAGCGAGCUGGGCCCCGCCAUGGUGGGCGACUUCGAGCCCGCCGUGGUGAAUUUCCGCGAACUGAGCCUCCAGGAGGUCAUCGGGGUGGGCGGCUUCGGGAAGGUGUACCGCGGUACGUGGAGGGGCGCGCUGGUGGCGGUGAAGGCCGCCCGCCAGGACCCGGACGAGGACAUCAGCGUGACGGCGCAGAACGUCCGGCAGGAGGCGCGGCUCUUCGCCAUGCUCACCCACCCCAACAUCAUCGCCCUGAAAGGCGUUUGUCUGCAGGAGCCCAACCUGUGCCUCAUCAUGGAGUACGCCUCGGGCGGGCCGCUGAGCCGGGCGCUGGCGGGCCGCCGCAUCCCGCCGCACGUCCUCGUCGACUGGGCCGUGCAGAUCGCUCGCGGGAUGCUGUACCUCCACAGCGAGGCCAUCGUCCCCGUCAUCCACCGAGACCUCAAGUCCAACAACAUCCUUCUGGCUCAGCCCAUCGAGAACGAAUGCAUGGAGGCCCUGACCCUCAAGAUCACCGACUUCGGCCUGGCCAGGGAGUGGCACAAGACCACCAAGAUGAGCACGGCGGGCACCUACGCCUGGAUGGCCCCUGAGGUUAUCAAGUCCUCUACCUUCUCCAAGGGCAGUGACGUUUGGAGUUACGGUGUUCUGCUGUGGGAGCUGCUGACGGGAGAGGCGCCCUACAGAGGCAUCGACGGGCUCGCCGUGGCGUACGGCGUCGCCGUCAACAAGCUGACGCUGCCCAUCCCUUCCACGUGCCCCGAGCCCUUCGCUCUGCUCAUGUCAGAGUGCUGGGACCAGGACCCCCAUCGCAGACCCAACUUCGGCUCCAUCCUGGCCCAGCUGACGGCGCUGGAGCAGCAGGUGAUGGAGGAGAUGCCGCAGGACUCCUUCCACUCCCUGCAGGAGGACUGGAAGCUGGAGAUUCAGGACAUGUUUGACGAGCUGCGUGCGAAGGAAAAGGAGCUGCGGUGUCGCGAGGAGGAGCUGAAGCGGGCGGCCCUGGAGCAGAAGUCCCACGAGGAGUUCCUGCGGCAGCGCGAGCAGCAGCUCGCCCAGUGGGAGCAGGACGUGUUCGAGCGCGAGCUCAGCCUCCUCAUCCUGCACCUCAACCAGAACCAGAACCAGGAGAAGCCCAACGUCAAGAAGCGCAAGGGCACCUUCAAGAAGCACAAGCUCAAGAGCAAGAACGGCGAAAAGAUCAGCAUGCCCCAAGAUUUCAUCCACAAGAUCACAGUGCAGGCAUCACCCGGCCUGGAGAAGAGGCGGAACUCGCCCGAUUUGGGCUCAGGCCCCUCGCCGUCGUUUGGCCCGCGUUUCCGUGCAAUCCAGCUUAGUCCGAGUGACAACAGCAGGUCCUUUGGUCUGAGCCCGGUGUGGCCCCUGGAGGCCGCAUCCCAUAAGCAGGCCAACGGAGACUUGAAGCUGGGCCCCCACUGGAGGCCCCAGAGCCCCAAAAGUCCCAAGAGCCCAAAAGUCCUGCGCCUCAGUCCUCAAGAGAGCAGUUUGUCAAUGAGAGCCAAGCUGUUGGUGUCGCACUGCAACGAGAACGGCGAAUCCUUCGACGACUUUGAGGAGUACAGACCCUCCGCGCCGACCCCGACCCCGGCUCACAACGGGUCCACGCUGAAGGACAGCUUACGGCUUCCUCUUCAGCAAGGAGAUUCUGGCAGUGAAGAAGGGGGGUCUUCUCCGGCGGGCUCCCCCAGGCCGGACAGGGGCCCUCUCGGCCCGAUGAAGAGCACCCACCGCGCCCUGCUGGGCAGCGGCUCCCUCUUGGCCUCCGUAGGCUUGGGCCGAUGCUUGGACGUCUCCCCGAAAGCGCCCCCUCGGACUAAUCCCCCGUCCCUUGAGGAGUGCGCCCCCUCCUUUUUGGAGAGCUCGCCCGCGAAGCCCCUCGCUCGGCAACCCCCCGUCGUGGACGACCUCAUCACCUUCUCCGCCUCUGAGCCGCUUUUGGAUUUAGCCUCGCGGUGCCAGGAACCGAAGCCGCCGCCGCCGAGCGCGGCGCGCGAGCACGCCACGCGGCGGGACCCCAGCCCGGGCGAACGCAACCCGACCUUCCUCUCCGCCAACGGGGACUCUGCUUCGGAGAGCUCGGAGCACAGAAGCGACAGGAGGAGGCGGUCCAGUCCGGGCCUGCGUGGGUCCCAGCUCGUUCUGGACCUGCCCCUGUGCCAAGACACGCAGGACUCUGACGAAAAGCCCCCCACGCCCUACUCGCUCCACCCCAAGGCCGACCUCUGGAGCCCCAAAACCUGCCGCCUGGAGGUCAACGUCAUCCCCCGCCCUCGCCCCUCGCCCGUACGGCCGCGCAUCGACGCUUGGAGCUUCAUCUCGGCGGGCGGCGGCCGUAGCCCGAGCCGCUCGGACAGCGCCCCCCUGGGGUACCAGCCCUCGCCUACCAACCCGUUCACCAACUGUGACUUCUUCCCUUCGCCCGCCUGCGACCCCUUCGCCCUCAGGGCCGACCCGUCGGGCGCCUGGGACAAAGCGUCGCCCUUCGACCCCUUCUCGCCGCCUUUCCCCGCCUCGCGUUCGGCGCCGUGCUCCGCCAACGGCUCGCCCACGCUGCCGUCGUUUCGCAUCGCGCCACUCAACCCGGCCGACUCGCCGCUCAUCGACCUGGGCUGGGCGGCGUGCGGCAAGCCCUCGGACGGAACCAAAGAGAGAGCCCACCCUCGAAGGACUCUGGGGCUCAAACCCUUCAAGUCCCCGACUCAACUCCGAGACGACCGGUUCUGAACGCCGCGAAGCCCGCCCCCUCGGCUUCCGUGGGCCGUUCCGCAUCAUCAUUUUCCGAGAGUGUUCCGUGCUCAGGCCGUUCGUACAUCACGGGGCCCCAGACGCCACGUGGGGAAAACGGUAGAGGCCACAAUUUACAUUUCACAAGUGCAAAUAUGGGAUUUAGUGAGCGAGCGAGGGGUGGGCGGGCGGCUGACAAUUGUGUUUAAUUUUACCUCUCCCUCACGUUUCAACUUUUUAAAACACUUUGAAACACAUUGUAAACAUAUUUGAACAAACACGAAAAUCAAAGCAAACUCGGCGUUCUCGCUGAGAAAAUGUGAUGUUGCCAGCAGCCCAAGAGAAUGAAAAUUCAUCGUUUUAAAUGCAUAUUGACUUCAUUUGAAUCGUUUCCGUGAUCAAGUCGGGACGUCUGGGCCAAGUUCUCAAUAGUCAAUGAAAUGCCUCUCGGUAAGAAAGAUUUCUUACAAUUGUCGCAACGUCUGUGUCGCUCAUCGUCGGCCUAAAAUCAAAUUCAAUUUUGUUCUUAAGCUCGAUUUGCUACGAGAGUUCCUUCCUUGGCACCAGCGAGCAUUUUUCUACGUUCUAAUCGUAUUGUGGCCACAAUUGAAUUGUUUUCCCACGCCAUGCCACGACACGUCACGGGGGCUCCGUAGCUCUGGAAGCCCGAAAGAAACAAAAAUAGUCGAUUCCCAAUUGUGCCACCCGUCUCUGCUCACGUCUGUCACUGCAGCGGUGGAGCGGCUUCUUCGCCCUCUACCUCUGCCCGAUUGAAAGCGAAAAGGACAAUGGACAUUUUGGACUGCCUCGUUCGGCCAAUCUCUCAUCGCGUGGAGGAAUUUGGCGCUCAUUCGAAAGGCAACUUUUUGCACGCUUGGGAGGAAAGCGUCGUCUUACGUGUCGAGGUUUAGCUUGAGCGCACACGAGCACAACAACAACAACAACAAAAAAACAAAUACAAGCCAGCAUGACCCAUGCAUUCCACUCUGGAAGGAGAUCACAUCCCGCUCACAUUCCGGCACAACGGCAGGGGUUGGACACGCCAAAGAGUGCCACUGUGACAAUACGACCACUGGGUCCUACCUUGAUUUGCCACCUUGCCGACUCGGUUCCGUUGAAACAGAUUCGGCCAAACAACCCGUGAGAAGUCUGUCACAUGUCAGCCUAUCGGGCCAAACGGCAGAGAAUUCUAUUUUAGGGUUUCUUAUGAGCUCCUUUUUUUUCUGCCCCAAAGAUACAAAACAAGGUGGAGUAUGGCCCUUGUAUUUUACUAUUAUUUUUAUAUAAAUAAUGUGGAAGUCAAAAGUCCCAUUUCGUAUAUGGGGGGGGGGGGGUGAAAAGCAGCGUGAAUGAUUGACUUCAUCAAUGCCGCACAGUGUGAUUGGUGGACAAUGGGUGGCGUUGUUGUAUUGGAGAGGAAAGAACUUUGGGGUUGCUGGACACGUUCACACGUUUGGCGGUUCGUCGUUUUAUUGCCGUCGUUCAUUUCGAGUGCCUCCGGUUAGCCCCAAAUCAAGUUCAGAUGUUCUAGUAGCCUUUUCCUGACAUGUUUUGAACCCUAUGACGAGGGAUUUGUGAGUUUGAUCGCGAAAGUGUCGAGAGGGGAGCAUCGGGACAUUUCCGCGCGUUUCCGCUGACUCGCCGGAAAAGAAACACGGCGCGAGUUUACGACGGUGACGGUCGAAGUCGACACGAGGUUCCACACGGGCGCAACAGAUGAUAUUUGACAGCGAUGUGAUAUUCUUUUAGCAGCUGUGAAAGGGAUCAUCUUAAAAAAAAAUUUAAAAAAAAACGAUGAAAUGUC